GGGCUCCAGGCAGCAGCACUGCCUCAGCCUUCAUCGCUGCUUGCUUCACAUUCCUUCUCCAGGAAGGGAGGAAAAAGAAUCCAGAAAGCCCUGCCACAGACAGACUCUGCCAGAGGCUAACAGGUGUUUGCUGGGAUUUGAUUGGGGAGGAGAAGGUGGGAGAAAAGUUAACUGGAAAAAUCAAGCUGGGCAAAGGUGCAUUGAUCUUGUGCCAAGUGGAUGUGCCAGGUCUGCCUGAGAACAGUGUGUCUGGAGAAGCACCGAGGGAUAUCUGGCCAGUGACCUGCUUGAUCUCCCUGGAAACACUGAGCCCUGCCUGCAAACUUUGCCCUGCCAGAAGUUGUGAGGGAUAAAAGCCCAGGAACAAAGGGGGGGGGGCGUCUCCUCUGCUGACCAAACCACUUGAGCUGAACUGUUGCAUCCUGGUUUGGUCUGGUGGAAGCAUCCCACCUGUACCUCCUCUGCUCCGAAGCUAGUUGCGGUGGGCCCGCGUGCUGCGGCAUCAGCCGAAGGUAUUAGCGGUGGGAUCCAGUGCCCCAGGUUUUGGGGACUGGAAGACCAGCAUGCUGGCUGCUGCACUUGCAGCCAGCACCCAGAUCCCCUGCGUCUGACCCCCAGGCGGUGUCGGGGCAGUGGCGGCCAUGGCUGCAGCAAUCGCCAGCUCCCUGAUCCGCCAGAAGAGACAAGCCAGGGAGCGGGAGAAAUCCAACGCUUGCAAGUGUGUCAACAGCCCCAGCAAGAGCAAGGGCAGCUGCGAGAAGAAUAAGCUGAAUGUGUUCUCCAGGGUCAAACUCUUCAGCUCCAAGAAAAGACGGAGAAGGCGACCAGAGCCACAGCUUAAAGGAAUAGUAACAAAACUCUACAGCAGGCAAGGCUACCACUUGCAAUUGCAAGCAGAUGGAACAAUUGAUGGGACAAAAGAGGAGGACAAUAGUUAUACUUUGUUUAACCUCAUACCCGUGGGCUUACGAGUGGUGGCUAUUCAAGGGGUUCAAACAAAAUUGUAUUUGGCAAUGAACAGUGAAGGAUACCUAUACACAUCAGAACAUUUCACACCUGAAUGCAAGUUCAAAGAAUCAGUAUUUGAAAACUACUAUGUGACGUAUUCUUCAAUGAUCUACAGACAGCAACAGUCUGGCAGGGGUUGGUAUCUGGGUCUUAACAAAGAAGGAGAAAUAAUGAAAGGAAACCAUGUGAAGAAAAAUAAACCCGCCGCACACUUUCUUCCAAAACCCUUAAAAGUGGCCAUGUACAAAGAACCUUCUCUUCACGAUCUCACCGAAUUUUCAAGAUCUGGAAGUGGGACCCCGACAAAAAGCAGAAGUGUUUCAGGAGUGUUAAAUGGGGGGAAAUCCAUGAGUCAACAUGAAUCAACGUAGCCAGGUGAAGGCAAGCCAAGUGCUCUGUAAAUGGAACCUUACCGCCGGAUGCCGUUGAAUUCUUACUAGCAGUCUUUCAUCCAAACCGUUCAAUUGUUCAGGACAAGCCGCCGAACUUGCAUAGGUCACUCGUUUAUCAGCCAUUAGAUCUUCUGGUUGUCAAAGGAUAUAUCCCAAAUAUGUAGAAUAUGCGUGUGCAUAUCACAAGGCACCUGGAUAGCCAGCAAAACAGAACUGUGGAAUAAAUCUCAGAAGAAAUGUCCAGCUCUUUUUCCUCUCUCUCUUUCUCUUUCUUUUUUCUCUCCUAUGCUUUGUGGAAAACUAAACAAAAACAUUUCACAGCAUUCACUGCUGAUAAGAAUUUGCUUUCCAACCAAGAAAUAAAAAGACCACUUUUGCUCGUCAAAGGAAAUUUUAAUGCUUAUAUGUUUUAUAGGGGCAAACAACAAAAAUGUAAACUCUGUUGUUUUCUUGGCUUACUGUUUUAUAUCUAAGGCUUGAUAACAAAGGUAUCCUUUAAUUUGGAUUAGUGCAACUUUUUGAUUUCUCAGCUCAAAUGGGCCUUUAAAGCUGUGUCUUUAAAAAAAACAAACAAAUUCAGGGCUGGAACUGAGAGUCGGUGUCUCAGGCUCAAGCAAACAGUGUUCUUGUGAUUUUAAACACACUGAAAUAUAAAUUUUUAUAGAUUUGUAGCCUUCUGGUAAAGUUCUUGUGCUGACCCCAGUCUGUAGGAAUUGAGUUGUUUUGUUAACCCGCGUCAGUGGAAGAUAAUGUAAAGGGAUAAAAUUAUCCUCCAGUGUAGAUUUAUCUUAAUUCCAUUUUGUGUAUCAUGUUAAACUAUUGUUGUGGCGUCUUUUCUAAAGACAGAAACUGUGGAAUUAAGGUGACUUAAUUUUUUAUAAGAAAUGUCUUAUUUGUAAAAGUCCUUCUUUCCCUGUAAUGAGCACGUGAUUCUUGUGUAGGAGGAAGCGUUAGGACAGGUUACCCCUAAACAACAUAUACUCAUACAUGCUAUUGGAAAAAUUGUUUAAAAAUUUAGUUAGGUUUCCAUUUAGGUCAUCAUAUCUGUUGCAUGGGAGAAAGUUGGAAUAUUGGCAUAGAGUUGCAUGAUGUGUAAGAUUUUGUGCAUUAACCAUCAUUGGAUUCUGUGCUCCAAACCUGACAUAGUUCUGUACAAGCAGUUGUCUGCCUUGUACAAAAGAGUUGUUUAUUAUUUGUUGUACACACAAUCAUGCACUGAAUAAACUAUUUAUA